AUGCCCGCGGACUACGAGUCCACAGCACGGGCAUUGGCUGUUUCUCCAUCAUCAGAGCUACAUUCUGCCUCCGCCAGUGAUGAUGAACAACCGCUCUGGAGCCGGGCGGGCAGGCUGAACUCAACGCGGCCCGAAUCAGGCAACCUCCGCGACAGGUUGAUGGUCAAAGGCAAGGAACUGUAUCGCCAGGCAGAAGAACGAUGGAAGCGCAUGACAUUCUGGCAAAAGGUCGGCUUCUAUGUCGCGUCCUUAUUAGUGGGCGCAUCCGGCAUCGGUUUUCUGGUCUUGACGGGCAAAGUGUUCAUCUGGCUAGGCCCGGUCGCGGAAAGAUGGGAGAAGUCUCCUCUCGUGGCCUUUGUGCUCUGGCUAUGCGUCUUUUUCGUCUCAUUCCCGCCAUUAUUGGGCUGGUCAACGUUCGGGACUGUGGCGGGUUUCAUCUUCGGCGUGUGGAAAGGAUGGUUGAUCUACGCCACGGCCACUAUUCUCGGCUCUACAGCAUCAUUCUAUGUAUCCCGCACGGUACUAUCCAGAUUCGUGACUCGCUUGAUGGAACACGACAAGCGAUUUGCGGCGCUGGCGUUGACUCUGAAAUAUGACGGGCUGAAACUGCUCUGCAUGAUUCGCCUGUGUCCCCUGCCCUACUCCAUCUGCAACGGCGCCAUCUCAACUUUCCCGACCGUCCAACCUUUGAUGUAUGGACUGGCCACAGCCAUAAUCUCGCCCAAACUGUUGGUCCCAGCCUUUGUUGGCAGUCGGGUCCGCCUUCUGACCGAGAAGGGUGGAGAAAUGAGUGCCGGAACCAAGGCAGUCAACAUUAUUAGCAUUAUCGCUACUAUUUCCAUUGGAGGUGGUACUGCGUACUAUAUCUACCAGAGAACCCUAGCCCGCGCUAAAGAACUUGAAGCAAAAGAAAGGGAAGAUAUCCGGCAUUCCCUGCAGGCUGAUCAUGCCGCCCACCGCCCUCAUGGCCGAUUCGCCGACGAUGAUGCUGCAAAUGCCGCAGCGACCGAACUCGCCAGAGACGAGGAAGAACGGAUUGGUUUCAACGAUUUCGACGAUGAUAACGUUGACCUUGACCUUGCUCUAGACGAUGAUAGUGGUAGCGAUGGAGGCAACCGCCGCUGGAAGAAAUCGAACCGGAGAUCAUACCACGAUGAGUUUACGGACAAUGAUUCAGAUGAUUACGCUGGCGAAGGAGACGAGGCUUUCGGUCUGCAUUCCCAUGUUCAACGAGAUACCUAG